UUUAGGGAGUGGUUGGGCGCCGCUACUUCGGCUCAUUGUAUAAUUUUUCCCACUUUGGUGGGCUUAACUCUUCGUGCCGGCAAAAGGAAAGCACAACUCGACCAUUUAUCGUAUUGCUCCCGGAAUCAGACGCUUUCAACUAUAGCGAGCCAUGAAAAACGACCCCCCUCCUCUCGCGAUCUGCUCUAUCGUCACUAAAUGACCAAUCUUCCUUGAAGAUUCCGAGAACUGAGGCUUAUCAUCUCUUUUAUUCAGGAAGGGAAUCCCAAAUAUCAUUAAUUUUGGCAGGAGAUAGAGAAACGAAAAGAUGGGAGUUUUCAAUUUCCAGGCCACUUUCUGAAGAAAGAUGCGGAUGUGCAAGAUAUUGAAAAUCCUUCAGUGAUAAAAAGCUACUCGUUUUGAAGACAAUGUUUUUAUUAUUUUUUUGAGGAAGGACAUCUGAAUCAGUCAAGAUUUUAAGAACUGCUCAGGGGAGUUUUUAAAAUUCAAAUUCGCAUCUUCUUCUUUUUUUUUUUUUUAAUGGGCAAUUAUUAGUCAGGAAAGAGAGAAUGGAGCUUGAUUUGAACCAAGAACCUUUGGACUCUCCCCAUGGCUCUAUCUUUGGAUUAGGGUCUUUACUGAACGAAUUAGAAACUGCUCAUGGGCACAUAGAAGAACGUAUCAGACAGCUUGAAGCAGUCACCUCAAGGGCUAGACAACGCCAAAGAUGGAGACAAAGUGAAACUACCCAUCAAACAGUCAACUUUGCUGUUGAACCUACACCCAAUGGGUUUCACAGUGAUGAUACAACGCUUGCUGAGAGAGUUGCAGUUGCAACCCAGGAAAGGACAUUUGGGGCCAGAAGAAUUAUGAAAAGGAAUGGUACACAUCUGAUAGCUAGGGCACUGGGCAUGGAUACAGAUGCAACGAAUACCAGAAGUGAUCGUGGGAACUUUUUUGAUUGUAACAUAUGCCUAGAUAUGGCAAGAGAUCCCAUAUUGACCCAUUGUGGUCACCUUUUUUGUUGGCCAUGCUUCUAUCAGUUAUCAUAUGUUCAUUUGAAUGUGAAGGAAUGCCCAGUUUGUAUGAAAGAGGUUACAGAUAUAAGCAUUAUUCCAAUUUAUGGCAAUGGAAAUGAUAACAAUACCCAGAAGUCUAGGUUGAAGGAGACUGGUUUGAAGGUCCCUCCUAGGCCCCAGGCACAUAGGAUUGAGAGUCUGAGGCAGCAACUCAACAAUCAUAGAGCAAUUUCUUCUGUGGUUGUUCAAAAUAUUCGGCUAUUGGAUAUGAUUGUUGCCAUGGAGGAGAGAUCUCAGUCACAAGAUCUUGACGGUGCUUCUUUCAUGCCUGAAAGAGGGCGUUUCUUCGCCAGUCAAUCCUUUACUUCUCAGGUGUUGCCUGCCAUGCGGAUAGAGGACAGUCAGCAACAUCAUCCCUUUCAAGAUUCAAGGUUAUUGAUGCAAGGAGCAGCUUCGUUUUCUUCUCUUUCAUCUGCACUGAACUCUGCAAUGGAUUCUGUGGAAAGAUUGGUUGAGGACCUUGAGGCAUCUAUUCAUAGGCGUCGUAUAAGAAGAAACCAUCAACGAUCCGCAAGUGUUGUUGAUAGAGGUUCAGUUUCUAACGUUGCUGCUGCUAUUCAACGAGAUAGACAAAUUGUAAAUAAUGCUGCUGAUACUGAUUCUACAAUGGCCCGUCCUGCUUCAUCUUUCAGCACUAAUACUACUGCCACUGUUGUGCAAUUAGAAAACCAGAGAACAGAUACUUCUGUAGAAAACAAUAAUGUUGUGGCCAUUUCUUCAUCAUCUUUUAGGAGAAGAGCUGAAGUUUCAAGAAUUUCAGAAGUGGACAAUAGUAUAGAAGUCAAUUCAACCAUGCCCCAUUCUUCAUCUUCUAGGAGAAGAAGUGAAUUUCCCAGAGUUUCAGAUGUAGACAAUGGAUUUUACCGUGAACCUAGGAGGAGAAGGUUGACAUGAUAUAGCCCUAGAAAGGAACACUCUAUUAAUAACCUGUUCCUUGGCUGGAUUCAGUUGAUAAUGUGUUCCUUGGCUUACUGCAAUAUUGUUGUGCUUAAUAUGUAGAUUUCUUUUUCUCUGAGCUGAUGUUUAAGCAGAACUGGGAUCAGCAUAUAAAGCAUUUUAUUACAGAUUUUUGGAAAGUGUUGACUGUAUAUAGUUGCAAAUUUUGCGUAUUCCUUUAUGGAAGCAUCUAAUAAAGUUGUUCACCUAUAGGGAAGUAUACAGUAUA